CUCAAUAAUUGCUUAGCUCAUCUCCAAAUCCUACCUAUCUCUCCUCACCAACAGAGCCCCUCAAAUCUAAUUCCUUUGAUGAAACACACGGACACAAGCCUGGCAAAGCUUUAUCACUAUUAAACAUGCCAGUCAAUAUAACCUCCAUCAAAACCGCAUCAAAUGGAGCUUGGCAAGGCGAUAAUCCCCUAGACUAUGCCUUUCCACUCCUAAUUGUUCAAACCGUCUUAAUUCUUGUGGUCAGCCGCUUCCUUGCCUUCUGCUUCAAACCCCUCCGUCAACCCAAAGUCAUAGCAGAGAUAGUCGGUGGAAUUCUACUCGGACCGUCGGCUUUCGGAAAAAACAAAAAGUACUUGCACCGAAUAUUUCCCGCAUGGAGCGCUCCUAUACUUGAAUCUGUAGCCAGUAUCGGUCUCCUUUUCUUUCUCUUCCUUGUAGGUCUUGAACUCAAUCUAAGCUCAAUUCGUCGGGGUAGUAAAAGAGCUGUAGGCAUAGCACUUGCCGGAAUUUCCCUCCCAUUCAUCUGCGGCAUAGGCAUCGCUUUUGUCCUCAGAAAAACCAUAGAUGGAGCUGACAAAGCCGGCUACGGCCAAUUCCUCGUGUUCAUGGGAGUUGCUCUCUCCAUCACCGCCUUCCCGGUCCUGGCACGCAUUUUAGCUGAACUCAAACUCUUAACAACCCAAUUGGGAGAGAUUGCCAUGGCUGCAGCUGCGUUGAACGAUGUCGCAGCGUGGAUCCUAUUAGCUCUAGCUGUGGCACUUGCCGACGGCAACACUGGAGGCCAUAAGAACGCCUUGGUAUCAGUCUGGGUUCUUCUCUCUGGCGCGGCUUUUGUUACUUUCAUGUUCGUCAUCAUGAGACCUGCAAUGAAAUGGGUUGCUCGUCGAUGCGCGCCGCAACAAGAUGCGGUUGAUGAAGCAUACAUCUGUCUAACAUUGGCUGGAGUGUUGGUUUCUGGGUUUGUCACUGACUUGAUUGGAAUUCACUCCAUUUUUGGAGCAUUUGUGUUCGGAUUGGCAAUCCCAAAAGGAGGAAACUUUGCUCGAAUAUUGAUAGAAAGGAUAGAGGACUUCGUUGCAGGCUUGCUUCUUCCUCUGUACUUUGCUGCAAGUGGGUUAAAGACUGAUGUGGCCAAAAUAAGAGGCGCAGAGGCAUGGGGUCUAUUGGCGCUGGUUAUAUCCACUGCGUGUGCUGGGAAAAUUCUUGGGACUUUUGCUGUGGCGAUGAUGUUUAUGAUACCAGUGAGGGAAUCAUUGACGCUAGGUGUGCUAAUGAAUACCAAAGGUUUGGUUGAGCUCAUUGUUCUCAACAUCGGCAAGGAGAAGAAGGUACUCAAUGACGAGACAUUUGCUAUUCUAGUCCUCAUGGCAUUGUUCACCACCUUCAUCACAACUCCAACAGUCAUGACCAUUUAUAGACCAGCUCGUGGCAUCUCCACUAGAACUCAUCGAAAAAAAUUGUGUGACUUGACCACGACCAAUGACUCCAAAGACGAGCUUCGUAUUCUUGCUUGUGUUCAUGACCCUCGAAACGUACCCUCCAUCAUUGCCCUCAUUGAGUCCACUCGAAGCACUAAGAAUUCCAUUCUCAAACUCUUUGUCAUGAAUCUAGUCAAGCUCACAGAACGCUCUUCUUCGAUCGUUAUGGCCCAUCGGGUCCGUAGGAAUGGUUUUCCUUUCUUUAAUCGUUUUCGCCGAGGCGAGUGCCAUGACCGAGUGGCUGAAGCAUUCCAAGGUUAUAGUCAAUUAGGCCGAGUUAUGGUUCGGCCUACCACAGCCAUUUCGGCCAUGUCUACCAUGCAUGAGGAUAUUUGCCACGUGGCAGGUGAUAAGAGGAUCACGAUGAUCAUCUUGCCCUUCCAUGUACGAUGGAGAGACGAGGGAGAUGGGUUGGUUGAGAAUGUGUCCCAAAGUUGGAGAGAAGUGAAUCAGAGGGUACUAAAGGAUGCACCAUGCUCAGUGGCUGUGCUUGUGGACCGGGGUUUUGGUACUGAGACCCAGAAUCCAGGACCUAAUUCUAGUGUGGCUCAUAGGGUUUGCAUAAUCUUCUUCGGUGGACCUGAUGAUCGCGAGGCCUUGGAAUUGGGUGGUAGGAUAGCGGAGCAUCCAGCAGUUAAGGUGACACUUAUAAGGUUCGUUGAGAAGGAUGGUAAAGAGUCUAAGGGCGAGAUGUUGCGGCUCUCACCGGCCCAGACACAGUGUAGUGAUCAGAUCUCCCAGACACAGUGUAGUGAUCAGACCAAUAGCUUCUCCACCGCUAAAAUGAAUUGUGAGAAAGAAAAGAAGCUGGAUGAGACUGCAGUUGCUGAGUUUCGACGCAAGUGUGGCGGGGUGGAUUAUAGAGAGGAAGUGGCUAGCAAUGUCAUAGAGGGGGUGUUGACAAUAGGGAAGAGUAGAGACUAUGAUCUUAUAGUUGUAGGGAAGGGUCGGUUCCCAUCAAAUAUGGUAGCUGAGGAUGCAGAGCUAGGGCCUAUUGGAGAUAUAUUGACUUCUUCAGCCCAUGGCAUUGUGUCUUCAGUGCUUGUGAUUCAACAACAUGCAGAGGAGGCUCCUGAGUCAAAGGUAUGUAGUAGAGUAUGAGAAGUUUACAGCUGAUGAAUCGUCAAGUGUGCCAGACAUUUCAUAGGAUUUUGUUUGAUCAGAACAACUAUAUGUAAAGUGUACACGUACCUUGUCACAACAUCAAUGCUAGCACCGUACAUUUUCAUUAACAUUGCCACAACUGUCCAAUAUGGCUAACUGUGAGUGACAAAAAGAAAAUAGUGGGUUCAUAUGAUUGAUAGUAAUAGACAAUUUAAUAAUAGAUAGUCAAUCACAAUUUCUCACAUGAGACAAUUUUUGCAAUGUGUGUAUGAAAUUGUAUGGUACUAGCUAGAAUUAUUAGUCGGAAUAGUUGCAACUAGUUCGGCUUUUAACAAUAUGGAAUCUGGCCAUUUGGUGCUCUUGUCAUAUAUUGUAAAAUAAUCUCUCUUCAUUUCAA